CUCCAUUAUGACCCCAUUCCAUCUCCCCAUGUUCUUCUUCUUCCCUGUGCUCUAAAUCAAUCACCAUCUUUCUUCAUUAUCCUUUGUUUUUCCUAAUUCAACUUGUUCAAUGGGCACCGGCUGGCGAAGAGCUUUCUGCACCACAAUUCCCCGAAACUCAUCCGAUUCUCCUAUUCUCGGUGACGUCCAACAGCCCACCCCAACCAAGUCCUCUUCCUCUUCUGGUGGUUUCUUCAAGACCUCCACCCCCAGAUUACAGUCUAGUUGGAGCUUACGUUCCAGGACCAACUCAGACGACAACAAUUCCACUACACCUCGACUGCGUUUGCGACCCAAUGGCGAUGAUGCCAAGUUCCAUUCCUCAGUCAUCGAUAAUCUCAAUAUCACCCCCAGGUUAAGAUGCAAGACCAAACCCAAAACUCCUAAAUCCUCUAAUCCCUCUUCUCCCAGAUCCCCUUUCUCCAUCUUCAAAAGCUCAUUAGGCUUCUCAAGGAGUAACUGUGGAUUAUGUCUGCAAAGCGUGAAAACCGGUCACAAAACCGCUAUAUUCACUGCGGAAUGCUCACACACCUUCCAUUUCCCAUGUAUAUCUCAACAUGUGAAGCAGGAAAACGUGCUUGCUUGCCCCAUCUGCAAGACCACUUGGAGAGACGCCUCCUUUCUCGCCAUCCACAAGCUUCAAUCCAACCAAAUCCACAACGAUACAAAGGAAAACAUCACCACACAACCUCAACAGAAUGUCGUCGUUAACCCCAAACCAUAUGAUGACGACGAGCCACUUCGAACACCUAGAGCUGGUGCUGGUAUUAUUCCGAUUCCGGAGGCGGUGGAGGAAGACAACGAAGAUAUGGAUCAAGAGUUCCAGGGAUUCUUCGUCAAUCCGGUUUCUUCAUCUGAUGAAUUCCGACGGGAUUUUAAGAAUGUGGAGGUUAUGUUAAUGCCGGAAGUUGCUGUGAUUUCGUCAACUCAGUCACAUGAAACAUACGCCGUCGUAUUGAAGGUCAAAGCUCCACCGCCAUCGCCGCCGCACAUGGUUAAUGUAACCAGACGAGCACCUAUUGAUUUGGUUGCUGUUCUGGAUGUCAGUGCAAGUAUGUCUGGAGCCAAGCUGCAGAUGCUUAAACGAGCUAUGCGGCUCGUCAUUUCCUCACUCGGCUCGGCUGACCGGCUUUCUAUCGUGGCUUUCUCAGCUUCUCCAAAACGGCUCCUCCCUUUGAGAAGAAUGCAUCCCAGAGGUCAACGCGCGGCUCGGCGCAUCAUUGACCAGCUCGUUUGUAGCCGAGGUACUUGCGCCGGUGAAGCUCUUAGAAAAGCCACAAAAGUCCUUGAAGACCGCCGGGAAAGAAAUCCGGUUGCUAGCAUUAUUCUAUUAUCCGACGGUCAUGAAGAGCACGUGACAGAUAAUAAUAAUCAUCAUCAUUCUAAUCAACGGCAGCCAUCUAGCCACAUGUCGUCUACCCGGUUCGCUCAUGUGGAAAUACCGGUUCACACAUUGGAAAAAAACAGUGGGUACAGCCACGAGCCGGCGGAGAAUGCGUUUACAAAGUGUGUGGGGGGUUUGCUCAGCGUGGUGGCUCAGGAUUUACGAGUUCAGCUGGGUGUGGCUCCGGGUUCGGACCCGGCUGAGAUCACAGCGGUUUAUUCAUGCAAUGGGAAGCCGGUGGUGUUGAACACCGGUUCAGUCCGGUUCGGGGAUCUAUACGCUGAGGAGGAAAGGGAAGUGCUAGUUGAACUGCGGGUCCCAAGGUCAAACACUGGGUCCCAUCACGUUUUAUCGGCUCGGUGUUGUUAUAACGAGCCGGCUACACACGAGGUGAUCUACGGUGGAGAAAAGUCGUUGCUGGUUCCUCGAGCGCAGAGCGUUAGAUCAUCAUCUAGCUCGCCCAAGAUCGAACGGCUUAGGAACCUGUUCAUUGCCACGCGAGCUGUGGCUGAGUCGCGACUGUUGGUGGAACAUAGUAAGCUUACUACGGCUCGUCAUUUGUUGGCAUCGGCUCGGGGGUUGUUAAUUCAGUCGGAUUCGGCUGAAGAGUUUGUGAAAGGGUUGGAGUCUGAGCUGGUAGAUGUGGAAUGGAGAGUACAGUAUCAACAGCAUGUGAUACAACAACAACAACAGGUGAUGGUGGAUGAGAAUGGGGAGCCGUUGACGCCGACGUCGGCUUGGAGGGCGGCUGAGAAGCUGGCUAAAGUUGUGGUGAUGAAGAAUAGAGUGAGCGAUCUACACGGCUUUGAAAACGCUAGGUUUUAGUUUUUGUUUCAAAAGGAAAAUUGUUAACCAAGGAAUAGUAAGUGAGUGAAUAAAUAUAUUAUUAUAGUAGAAAAUAUAUCAUAUGGGGAUAUUUUGGAAUCAAAUGGGCACGUACAUACAUGCACCUAGGGAGAUGAGUUUGUAAGGAAAGCUUUGAUUCAUCAUUGUGA